UCCUUUUUCUUUUGGAAAUCUCUCUCUCUCUCUCUUUCGCUUUCAGUUUUCUUUCCCAGCUCCUGAAACCUCCAAUUAUGGCGUUUCUCCUCCCUGUUCGCAGCAUUUGAUUUCUUGUACAGUGGAAGAUCAUAUGAUGUGACUUGUAUGUCUGGAAUCAAACACUCUGAAUUCAAUUCUGGGAUAUUUUUCACUGUUGUGGUAAACAUUUAGAAAUGGAUGACAAUAGUGGCAGCAAGUUGACUGGAAUUCGGCAGAUUGUUAGGCUAAAGGAAAUUCUCCAAAAGUGGCAAUCUGUAACGGUCGGCUCAAAAGAAACCAGCCUACCCAGCCCUCCCUCGGAUCAACCCCCCUGUGGCAUUCCACUUGCAAUAAAUAAGAGGCUGAACAGUGUUAAGUGUUGUGAUUCUGAUGAGGAGAGUUGCCACAGUCCAGAACCGCCAGCUGAUGUACCCAAAGGGUAUCUGGCGGUUUAUGUUGGACCAGAGCUUCGGAGGUUUAUCAUCCCAACUAGCUACCUUAGCCACUCCCUGUUCAAGGUUUUGCUGGUAAAGGUUGAAGAGGAGUUUGGGUUUGAUCAUACUGGUGCGCUUACUAUCCCUUGUGAAAUUGAGACCUUUAAGUUUCUCCUACAGUGCAUGGAGAACCAUCCAAAAGACCAUGAAGAUGAAGGCCCUGGUGAUUUUGCAGCAGAAGAUGCUUUUACUGUUGAAGAGUAAUCGCAUUGGUCUAUUUGGUCCAGAUUUUAGGACUGAUUCGGGGUCUAAAGCAGGUUGUCCUUGGAGGCACGUAUAACUCUUCUUUUGUCCCUUUUUAUUGACAAAAACAAAAUAAAUAAAUAAUAGGAAAUUUUAGUUGGAUUCGCAGGUGUGUUUUCAGGCGGGGGUAUUUAGAUUUUACCAUUCUGUUCUGUGUUUCGGGAUGUGAUCUUACGUUUUAUGUCUAAUAAAAGACAGGCUUGUAUGUUAAGCAACAUUUGCAGAGCUAGUAUUUGUUUUAUAUAUAU